GGGCUUGGAUUCAGGCAUUUUUUAUUUUCUAGAAACAAGAAAAUGGUGAAAAUAUUCGUUGGUUGCCUUGAUGUCGACGCUGAGGGGGAUAACUACAUCACUAGUGAGGAUCUACAGGAACUGUUUGAAGAGUUUGGUGAACUAACCCAGGUGGACCGGAUACAAGGAAAACCGUUCGGGUUUGUGCAUAUGCAAGAUGCGGAUGCUGCUAAGAGAGCAUGUCAGAAACUUAACAGACAUAGCAUUAAGGGCCAGAGGAUAAGCGUUGAAUGCUCCCGUAGUAAACCAGUUAAAUACUACGUUGGAAGACUACCCAAGGGUCUAGAGGAAUAUCAGCUCAAGGAACUGUUUGAGAAGCAUGGAGCUUCGGUGCUGGAGUGUGAUAUCAUGAAGAAUAAGAAUUACGCAUUUGUUCACAUUGAGACUAACUCAGACAAGAAAAUUGCAGAACAAAUAAUACACGCUUUGGACGGAUAUAACUUUGAUGGUAGUAAUAUUAGCGUCCAGUUCAGUGAGACGGUUAAGAAAGGCGAGGAAGAUAUGAUGCCAUAUGGUGGAGGUGGUAGGGGGCGUGGCAGGGGCGGUCCAUUCUUCAGGGAACGCCCUUCACCCUACCCUGCCCCUAUGAUGGGAGGCCAGGGUAUGAUGGGACGGGGAGGAGGAGGAGGAAUGCAUCAGAUGAUGGAUAGACAGAUAAUGAACAAUCCCAUGAUGAACUCCUCCCAUAUGAAUCCUAUGAUGGGAAACCCUAAUGGAAUGGGAUUAAUGAACCCAUCUAUGAUGAACCCAAUGAUGAUGAACCCUGUGAUGGGAGGAGGGUCUGGUAUGGGAGAUGAUGGGAGGGGAAGAGGAGGGAAUUAUACAAAAAAUCAAUCCAAUGGGAAUAAUUCCACCAGUAGCAGCAGCCGUGGCACAGACUUCACCUCAUCCCUGCAGGAGUAUGAGACGGUAAUCUCCCAUGACAACCUGACAGAAAUGGGAUCACAGUUGACACAACUAGUUAAAACUGGUCGGUUCAUUGAUACUCAGAUACAGUGCUCUGAUGCUACAUUCAAGGCUCAUGGUGUUAUCCUGGCGGCUAAAUCUCCAGUUUUCUCUGAAAGUUUAUCCAACGGAUCCUCAACACUAUACAUCAGAGAGUAUUCAGGACUAGUUGUUAAUGUACUUCUGCAAUUCAUCUACUCCGGCAAGAUAUCCCUGGUUGAUGUUGGUCCUGAUUGUUAUCAAACUAUUCUUCAGGCAGCUGAGCAAUAUUCUAUCAAUGGAGCUAAGGAUGCUGUAGUUAUCGAACUUGCAAAGGGGUUGAAUCCUGCCAAUGUUAUCCAGACCCUACAGUUCUCAGUGGACGGGGGACUCCCUGAACUCAAAACAUUUGCCACCAAAUAUAUUGCGGAGAACCGGCGUGUAAUCAUGGCGGAUACGACAACUAAACUACAGCUUAAGCAGUUCCCCGACGUUAUGCUCGAAAUUGUCGAAUCUAUGGGUUGAACACGAAGUCGUGCAAGAUUUGGACUCGUUAUUCGUCGUUUUAAUAUAAAGCAUUUUUGCUGAAAAAUACUUUCAAGUCAUUUGAGUUUUUGGUGGUUUUUUUCAAUGAACUAAUUUAAGUACGUUUUAAACAAACAAAAUUUGCAAGUUAUAGUUAUAUGAAGCAUUGUAAACCCUUUUCUUCGACUUCUAAAUAUUUUCAGUGUUUUAUCUUGUUCUAAUAUCCUUGUUAUUUCAGA